CAUCGCCCCUCCUUCGGCCGCUAGACUCGGUCUCGCCCAGCCCUGCCCUUCCUACGCUCUCUCCCGCUUCGCAAGAUGGCUGAGGUUCUGCCAGGCCUGGAGCCGUGGAACCGCGUGAGGAUCCCUAAGGCGGGGAGCCGCAGCGUGGUGGCAGUGAAGAACGCCGACGCGGCCCUGGAUCUUUGCAUUGCAGCUGUAAUUAAAGAAUGCCACCUUCUCACACUGUCACUGAAGAGCCAAACCUUAGAUGCAGAAACAGAUGUUUUAUGCGCUGUCCUCUACAGCAAUCACAACAGAAUGGGCCGCCACAAACCCCAUUUGGCUCUCAAACAGGUUGAACAAUGUUUAAAACGUUUGAAAAACAUGAAUUUGGAGGAUUCCAUUCAAGACUUGUCUGAGUUGUUUUCUUCUAAUGAAAACCAGCCUGUAGCUACCAAAGUGUGUGUCAUCCCCAGCCAGCCAGUGGUGGAGUUUGUGCUGAUGAAGAUUUUGGGGGCCUGCAAGUUGUUACUCCGCUUGUUAGACUGCUGCUGCAAGGCAUUUCUCUUGACUGUGAAACAUCUAGGUUUGCAGGAGUUUAUUAUUUUAAACCUUGUGAUGAUUGGGCUGGUGAGCAGGUUGCGGGUUCUCUAUAAAGGUGUUUUAAAAAGAUUGAUUUCUUUAUAUGAGCCCUUGUUUGGAUUGCUUCAAGAAGUCUCUAGGAUUCAACCAAUGCCGUACUUCAAAGAUUUUAUCUUUCCUUCUGAUAUUGCUGAAUUUCUAGGACAGUCCUAUUUUGAAGUCUUUAAGGAAAAAUUGCCUACAGCUUUUGCAGCUAAAGGAGUGACUAAAUUGUUAAAUAAAUUAUUUUUAACAAAUGAGCAAUCACCAAGGUUCAGUGAAGAAACCUUACUUGGCAUUGCAAAAAAAGCUAAACAUACGAAGAUCAACAUACAGAAUAAUAUUGAUCUUGGACAGCCUGUAAAGAAUAGGAAAGUCUUCAAAGACAGGUCAUCAGAAUUUGAUGUGAAGACUUACUGCAAACACCUGAAAAACAAAGUUACUCAGGAGGCCAAUUUUGAGUUUAAAUGUUCUCAGUCCAAACUAAAGACAACCAAACAUUCUUCUCAGAAAGUGAUAGGAACUCCUUGUGUCAAAAGUUUUGUGCAAAGAUUCCGAGAGGCUGAGUCUUUCGUACAACUUUCUGAAGAAAUCCAAAUGGCACUUAUUUGGUGCAGGAGGAAAAAACUAAAGGCUCAGGCCACAUUUUUGGGGAAUAAACUUCUUAAAAGUAACCGACUUAAACAUGUAGAAGCUCAAGGUAAUAGUUUGCCAAAGAAACUAGAGUGCAUAAAAACAUCUAUUUGCAACCACCUUCUCCGUGGCUCAGCUAUCAAAACUUCAAAGCAUCAUCUGAGACAGAGAUCACAGAAUAAAUUUUUACUGAGACGAAGGAAACCACAGAGAAAGUUGCAGUCGACUCUUUUAAAGGAAAUUCAGCAGUUCCCUCAAGGGACUCUGAAGAGUGCUACAGUUUCCAGUGCUAAGUGGAAACACUCAAACUGUACAGUUCAUAGAACUGAUCUCUACCCUAACAGUAAGCAACUCCCAAGUAACAGUGUUUCAAGUCCUGUCAUACAAACUAAGGAGAAACAGAUUCAUGAAAAUCUUACAGGACACAAUGAAGAUGAAACUGAUUCACAGACAAUGGUGCAAGCAAACAAAUAUAACACAUCAGGAACCAUUAAGGAGACAGAUGACAUUGAUGAUAUUUUUGCUUUAAUGGGCGUUUAGGUGUUCAUGUGUGAGUUUUAAUUGAUUAAACUAGUUCAGUGUUCUGCUGUUUUAAGUAGGACUACUAAGAUCUAGAACUCAGAGAGGAGCGGCUUUAGAGCUUCAUUGCAUUUACUUUGCCAGAAGCUCAUUUGUAGAAGUUCAUUUCAGUUCAGUAAAUAUACUAGCUAAUACUUCAAUCAAGUAUUUUUUGGCUUCAAGAGGGUGCCUGGCAUUAAAAUGAAAAAUCUGCCACAGCCUGCCCUUAAGAAGCAGACGUACCUGAAGAAUUGAAUACUUUUAUGAUUUACCAGGGAAUUAAGACCUGAAUAAUGGAGUUUGCAAAAACUGUUGUGCCUUAAAGUAAUGAGGGAUGGGAGUGGGGAAUAGCACAAAGCACCUGAAAGGUCUUCUGGGCCUUACUGGAUCCAUUGUAGAUGUUCACUUCUGAAUACCAGUGUUUGUAGCUUCUGUUGGUUGUGCUGUCUUUAGAAUUGAUCAUCAGAGGGACUCAAAAGUUUUGCCAUUAAUUGCAUUAACAAGGACUGUUCACAACUGUUAUUUCUCUUCCAUUUGUUCACUUUAUCUCACAGGACAUAUUAAAAUGGUUUUGGAGUUCUCCAAAAGGUUUUAAUUUUUUGUCUGUUGAGGUGCCAGUCAUUGAUUCCAAACAUACUUUUUUCCAAAAAGGAUGUAAGGUGGUCUGUGGUUACAUAUUAAAUACAAUAGGAUAACAAAGAGGUAGGUGAGAAAGUAAAAUGAAAAAAUAAGGUUAGGAGACAUAAAAUAGACCCAGGAAUAGGGCAAAUACAUAGAUACAUAAUUGGGUGCUGAUGUUACAGUAUGAUAUUUGGACAUUGCUCCACACGAUUGCCCUGAGGGGGUAAAUCUUGUAUAUUUUCAAAUGAUGAUGUGAAGUUUGAGGUAUCAACUUUCAGAUGUCCUAACUUUACUGGAAUUAGGUCAGUAAGCUUCUGUAAGCUUUAUGUUGUUAAACACAGACUUACAGAAAAAGGAAACAGAACCUUACUACGUACUGCAUCCUUUUCCUUGGUCAUCCCAUCAUUUUCUGUAUUUCCUUUGUCCUUUUCCUGUUUUCUGCAUCCUCCCAGUUACCUACGUUGGGAGGAGGUGUAGAUAACUCUCAAACAUUAGACUUUUUAAGAUUCAGUUGGGCUGUUGAAAAAUGCAGUUUCUCUAUCCCUUCCCAGAGACUUUAAACAUGGGCCAGAAGUCUGCAUUUUUAACAAGGAUCCCAGGUGAUUUUGAUGCAAGUGGCCCCAAAUCAUAUAAACACUAGUUUAGCUCCUCUUAGGAAACCCUUGUUACAUAUUCUGGUUUAAUUCAAAAGUUCUUAAUCUCUAGUCACUUUUCAUAUUCCUUAUGACUUCCUACCUAGUGGGAAUAGCUACUUAGUUCCUUAAAAUAUGGUUAAUACCAAAGAUAUUUUAGUCCUUACAAGCCUAGAAAUGGCCAUCAACUUCUAAGUGGCCUUUUGC